AUGGACAACCAAGUGGUAAUGCCUCCGGAACCUACCUCAUUGCCCCCUCCUAUUGAAGGUUCAAUUCUAACAUCAACCCUUGGGGAAUCUCCCAAGGAGGCUCUAAAAGAAAUGGAUAAGGAAAAAGGAAAGGAUAAGGAGAGCGUAUCGGAUCCUCAAGUUAUUCCGACACCUGCACCAUAUCCUCAUCGCUUGAAGGCCUUGGCUAAACCGAAUUUCAAUGUGAAGUUGCAUGAAUUAUUCAAUCAAGUGAAGAUCAACAUUUAUCUCAUGGAUGCGGUCAAGCAAAUUCCCUUGUAUGCAAAGUUUCUUAAGGAAUUAUGCACUCGAAAGCAUAAGCUCAAUGUUCAAAAGAAGAUAUUCCUUACCGAGCAAGUGAUUUCUAUCAUCCAAACGAAUAUUGUUCCGAAGUAUAAGGAUCCGGGAAGCCCUACUAUUGCUGUGACUAUAGGUGGAAAGCGAAUCGAACAAGCCUUGCUUGAUCUUGGUGCUAGUAUUAAUUUGCUUCCAUAUUCCGUAUACCAACAGCUUGGGUUGGGGGAGAUGAAACCGACUCGUGUUACACUCCAAUUAGCCGAUUGGAGCGUUCGUGUGCAAAGAGGGGUGGUAGAAGAUGUUCUAGUGCAAGUUGAUCAAUUCAUUUUUCCGGUGGAUUUUGUGAUUCUUGAUACAAAUCUGACCGAUUCUUCUGCAGCCUCUACUCCACUGAUUCUUGGGAGACCUUUUCUAGCCACGGCGGACGCAGUUAUAAAUUGUCGGAAUGAACUUCUCAACAUGACGUUCAGUAACAUGAAGAUGGAGGUCAAUGUAUUUAAUGUGGGAAGUCAAAUGGAGGACGAUGAGAACGUGAAUGAAGUGAGCUUCAUCGAUACUCUUGUAGAAGAACUUGUGGACGAGUUGCUCUAUAUUGACCCUUUGGAAGUUGCUCUCAUGGCCAAGGAGGCCGAAUUCCUUGAAUCUUCUGAAGUGAGUUAUUUGUAUUCGUUGCUCAAUGAGGAGACUGAAGCUUGUGCUAUGAAAUCUUGGACUCCGAAAUUCGAAGAGUUUGAAGAGCUUCCCCCGAUAGACAAGAAGGUUCUUCCAUCUAGCGUUGAGCCACAGAAGCUUGAUUUAAAAGCUUUACCUGACACGCUGAAAUAUGCUUUCCUUGGGGACAAUGAGACCUAUCCUGUCAUUAUUUCCUCCUCUCUUGGGAAUCUCCAAGAGAUGGAAUUGAUCAAUUUAUUGAGGAGACAUAUGAAGGCAAUAGGGUGGACCAUUGCUGACAUUAAAGGGAUUGACACUACUCUUUGCUCGCACCAUAUCGCUUUGGCGGAUAAUGUUAAGCCAUCCCGCCAACCCCAAUGCCGCUUAAACCCUAUUAUGAAGGGUGUAAUACGAGUGGAGGUAUUGAAGCUUCUAGAUGUGGGGAAUCAUUUACCCCAUCGCCGAAAGUAA